AUGUUAUCGACCCUGCUCUUCUCCGCCGCAAUCGCACAGAGUGUAGUCACCGUCUUUCAGGCCGGCGAGGAGGGCUACAAAUGCUUCCGAAUCCCGUCGCUGCUGCGCCUGCCUUCGGGCGCCAUCGCGCUCUUCGCAGAGGGCCGCAAGACACUCGGCUGCCUUGAUCACGGCUGGGUCGACAUCGUGAUCAAGGUCAGCGAGGACAACGGAACGACGUGGGGCCAGCUGCGCAAAGUGUACGGCGAGUCCAACGAGACGGCUCACGUCACCAUCGGCAACCCCGCUCCGGUUGUCGCGGGCGGCCGGGUCGUGCUCCUCUUCUGCCGCGACAAUCGCGCCGUCCUGGUGCUGAGUUCGCUCGACGCCGACGGGCGCGAGUGGCCCUCGGCGCCGGUGGACAUCACACUACCGGCGCUCGGCACCUCCAAGCCGACGUGGGUAGCGACCGGUCCGCCGGGCGGGAUCGUUCUGCCUGGCGGCCGGAUUGUGGUGGAGGCAAACUGGCGGAGCGCCGAGACGGGAGGCGCGGACGUGGCGAGCGCACUGACCUCAGACGACGGAGGGCUCUCCUGGUCGCACGGCGCCGACCCCGUGCCAAACGGCAACGAAGGCCAGGUGGCGGCUGCUCCCAACGGCAGCCUCGUGCUGAACGCGCGCGAGGGCGGCGAUUCGCGCCUCCUCUCCUGGUCCAACGACCGCGGGGCCACGUGGUCGUCGCCGCUGGAACCGUCGCCCUCUUCCCACCGCCGAGCGUGCUGGCCGCCCGGAAGGAAGGGCGAGUCGGACUCCCCCGCCUCGCCCCGGCUUCCGCCUUGAGACAGCCCUCGGCGGCGGCGGCGCAGGCGGCGCAGGCGGCGGGGGUCUCUCCGCCCGCGUCUCCAGCGGUCCCGCAGUUUCCGCCGUACUACGAGACCCACUACGAGGAGCAGUUGCUCGACCACUUCAACGGCGAGAAUGUGGGCACCUUCCGGCAGCGCUACCUGGUCAACGACACGUGGUUUGGCGGGCGGUCGUCGCCGAUCCUCUUCUACUGCGGCGCCGAGGGCGCGGGCGUGCCCUCCAUCUUUGAGCACUCGGGCUACGUCCUCGCCCUCGCAAAGGAGCUCAAGGCUCUCGUCGUGUUCGGCGAGAUGCGCUUCUUCGGCGACAGCAUGCCCUUUGGCGAGGACGAGUCCUUCCGGCCCGACCCGACCCACCUCGGGCUGCUCAGCGUCGAGCAGGCCCUCGCCGACGACGCGAGUCUGAUCCUCAAGAUGAAGGAGCGCUACGACACCCCCGGCAGCCCGCCCCGGCCUGUAGGCACGCUCGCGUACAUGCUGCGCCAAAAGUACCCGCACGUCGCGCGCGCAGAGUCCGCCUACCCGCUCGCCCGCUCACCCGUCGUCGAGGCGUGCGCCACCGUCGCCGCGGCCAGCGGGUCCCUCUCUGCCUUUGCGCCGCUCGUGGUGCCGCACGGCUCGUGCCCCCUAGAAGCUGAAUACGAAGUGGUACGUACUUUUGGCUCGUGCCUUGACGUCUCGCGCCUCGAGGCGACCGGCCUUGCGGUGCGGCCGGGGUCGCUCGCCGCUCGCGGGCGCGUCGGCGGGCCGAAGACGGCAAACAAGGCGUGGGACUACCUCGCGUGCACGGAGAUCGUGCACCCGAUCGCCGCCAACAACGUGAGCGACAUGUUCCCGCCGCAGACGUGGUCGGUGGACGCGCUCAGCGCGGGCUGCCGGCGCGAGUUCCACGCCGCGCCGCGGCCGGCGUGGAUGCCCCGCUCGAUGGGCAUGGCGCGGGGGGCGGCUCACCUCGCCGACGCGACGUCGCACGUCAUCUUCACAAACGGCCUCCUCGACCCGUGGUCGGCGCAGUCGGUCACGCAGAACGUCUCGUCGACGCUCGUCGCCAUCAACAUCCCCGACGGGUCCCACCACAGCGACCUCGGCGCGCCGCCCAACCCCGACGUCAGCGAGGCCGACUCGCCCACGCUCCGGGCGGCGCGCGCGCAGCAGCUGGCGAUCCUAAAGGGGUGGCUCGAGGAGCGCGCCGCGCCCACAGUGGCGGUGGUGUGAGGGCUUCGCUCAUACAGAUAGACGGACGCCAGAACGUCCGGUGCUGCCGACGCCGAAACGGGAAUCUCGAAGGGAGAGAGGCGAGAACCGUCCGGAGUGCGGUCUGCGGAGCGUAAUAGGUAAGGAAGGUAAGGCUUUUACACACCGUUGAACAAAAAGAACACUGUCUCUCACAGCUCAAGAAUUUAACAAACUCAACUCUCUCUCACAGCAGACAGGUGCGCGGACUGGCGCGUGCUGUGGCUGGUGCUGACACAGGCAAACCUCAAGACAAACGCAUGUACCCCCUCGCCACGCCUCCGCCACUAGCAGCUGCUGCUCCCCUCCUUCACGGCAAGGCCGAUGUAGACAGGCACGACCGUGUCGUAUGUACGGGUGAAGACCGCGGCCCACGGCUGCUUCUCGAUGUAGCUUUUCUGGUGGCGGUUGAGGUUGCAGCCGUCGGUGCAGAAGCACCACGCGUCGCUGACCUGGUCUUGAAACUUGCGCGUGAGAGAGCCGACGGGUGCGCCGAUGUGCUCCGCAAAGAUGCAGCAGCCGCCCGGCUUGAGCACGCGUAGCACUUCCUCGGGAACCUUCUGGUACUCGGGGAUCUCGCACAUCACAAAGGAGAGGACGACGCAGUCAAAGCUCGCCGUCUCCUGCUCGGCGAGGUACUCGGCGGACACGGAUAUCUUAAGCUCUGACGUCGCCGCCGCCUUUGCCUCGAGGACAGCGUGGCAGUGCGGGUUCGGCUCGCACGCGACAACCUCGGUCACUGCUGCCGUACCCAGCGACUUGUACAGCUCCAGGUGGGGCAAAUGCCCGCAGCCGACGUCAAGCACCCUGCCCCUGCAGCCAGCCGAAGCCACGACCCGCCAAGGAGCGGCAAAGACAUGGUGCACCAGCGGCAUGAGAAGGUGCGUAAAUCGCGCCGCAGCCCACCCGUGAAAGGCGCUGGAGCAUUUCGCGAGGCAAACGCAGAGCGGGAAGACCGUCCCGCACAGGCACAGGCCAGCGAUCCUGGUCAGCGCACCGACCGUGCAGAAGUUCCAGUCCAGCUGAGGCUCGGACUCGAACGGGUCGGAUUGCGCCGUCGGGCAGAGGGGCAGCAGCUGGUGUUUGCGCAUGUCGUGAAGUCUUGUUAUGUCCUUGCGCG